GCUCAUUCAAAUUAAACCCAAGGCCACGUCUAGUUUGCCCUUUCACUAAAAGGGGCUCUGCAAAUUAAAAUAUUUUCUAUUAAUUACUAGUAGUUGUUUGUACUACUGUCGUAGUCAAAGCACAAAGCCACCGGGAUAAAAAACACAGAAAGAUGGCAUCAACUUUGCCACUGCUGCUAUGGUGCUGCUUGUGUUUCUGUCUAGCUACGACGACCUUUGCUCGGCCCCAGCCUCGAAAUCUGAUCGUUGAUUCAAACUCCACAGCCAACGCGUUCAUCCGCAGAAGCCUUUUGGGCAAUGGCCUUGGCGGAACUCCUCAAAUGGGAUGGAGCAGCUGGAACCAUUUUGGUUGCAAUAUUGAGGAGAAUAUGAUAAGGGAAACAGCUGAUGCAAUGGUAUCUACUGGGCUUUCUUCUCUUGGAUAUGAAUACAUCAAUUUAGAUGACUGUUGGGCCGAACUCAACAGAGACUCUAAGGGAAAUAUGGUUGCUAAAGGUUCAACUUUUCCUUCUGGGAUUAAAGCACUAGCAGAUUAUGUUCACAGCAAGGGGUUGAAGCUCGGAAUUUAUUCCGAUGCUGGGACUCAGACGUGUAGUAAAACAAUGCCAGGUUCAUUAGGACACGAAUACCAAGAUGCAAAAACCUUUGCUGCCUGGGGGGUUGAUUACUUGAAGUAUGAUAACUGUAACAACGAGGAACGAAGUCCAAGAGAAAGGUAUCCCAUAAUGAGCAAAGCUUUACAGAACUCUGGAAGGGCUAUAUUUUAUUCCCUAUGUGAAUGGGGAGAUGACGAUCCUGCUACUUGGGCUUCCUCUGUUGCGAAUAGUUGGAGAACUACUGGAGAUAUUUCUGAUGAUUGGAACAGCAUGACUUCUCGGGCAGAUAUGAAUGACAAAUGGGCGUCUUAUGCUGGUCCAGGUGGCUGGAAUGAUCCGGACAUGCUAGAAGUUGGAAAUGGAGGAAUGACCUUUGGAGAAUACCGUUCCCAUUUCAGCAUUUGGGCAUUAGCAAAAGCUCCUCUAAUAAUUGGCUGUGAUUUACGAUCGAUGGAUCAAACUGCACAUGACAUCCUAAGCAACACAGAGGUUAUUGCAGUUAAUCAAGAUAAACUUGGAGUUCAAGGUAAAAGAGUAAAGCAAUAUGGAGACUUGGAGGUAUGGGCAGGGCCUUUAAGUGGAAACAGAGUAGCAGUGGUGCUAUGGAAUAGAGGAUCAGACAAGGCUGAUAUUACUGCUUCUUGGUCUGAUAUUGGCCUUGAUUCGUCCACUGUUGUUAAUGCACGAGAUUUAUGGGCUCAUUCAACACAAUGGUCUGUUAAAGGACAAAUAUCAGCCAGCAUCGGAUCACAUGAUUGCGGGAUGUAUGUUCUUACUCCAAAAAAAUAAAUUCAACCACAUUCAGAGUAUAUGCUGGGGAGAUCAUGAUUUGAAACUUGUUUCCACAAUUGCAAUGUCUGUCUCAGAUGUUACAAUUUAUGUGGAAAAUACUACAUUGCUGAAGGAGUACAUCAUUUAAUUAGAAUAAGAAAAAUAAGUUAAAAGAUUUUGUUAUUUAUAGUUAAGAUUGUUUCUUUGUAUUGAACUAGGCAUUUUGUGUGGGAUGAGUUUGAUGCAGAGAUAUAAUAAUGCUUUAUCUUUUUUAUGUGA